AUGUCAGAUCCUUCAAAGCCUUCAUCAAUCCCCGCCUGGCAGCGCCAGUCUGCCUCGUCCUCUACGGAUCAGUCAUCAUCACAAUCUACCUCGUCGCCGAGCUCCGAUGAUGCGCCCGCACCCACCUCACGAGAAGACCUCCUCAGCCAAGCAACUCGAUUCCUUGAAGACGAAUCAAUCCGCAAUUCUCCCCCAGAUCGCAAAAUUGCCUUCCUUGAAUCCAAAGGUCUCAACUCCGACGAGAUUCAACAGGUCCUCGGCAUCUCCCGAAACCUAGAGGCGACCAGCACCAUCCCAAGCGCAACCGAGGAAAAGGCCGAGGAAUCACCUGAGACUUCUGCCUCCUCUCCCAGCAAAGCUCAAGCUACGCCUUCAUCUUCUACCUCUACCACUGCACAGUCUCAAUCGUCAUCCCAAUCGCCUUCUACCACCAUGUCUCAACCGCGCUCAUCUACCGCCACCACCGACCCCUCCCCAAUAGCAAAGCGCGACGAACCCCCAAUAAUCACCUACCCCGAAUUUCUCUUUCAGCCCUCCAAGCCUCCACCCCUGGUAUCAAUGCAAAGCAUCCUCUACACACUCUACGGCGCAGCAGGUCUCGGCGCUUCCAUCUACGGCGCAAGCGAAUACCUAAUAAAACCAAUGCUCGAGAACCUUGCCAGUGCGCGUCACGAGUUCGCCGAAACAGCACAAGACAAUUUACAAAAGCUAAAUGAGCAACUCGAGAAAACUGUCUCUGUCAUUCCGGCCCACCUCACUGCACGCAAAGAUAAGUCUUCCGAAGAAGAUACAGAGGAGGAUACCGAUAGCGUGACGUCUGACCCUACGGAACUUUUUCACCGUGACGUCGGCACUCAGACUACACCUGAUGUCUCGUCAUCUUCUACAUCCCUUGAGUCGACGAAAGAUGAGAACGCGCCCGAUGCUCCGUUGUCUGCUGUGUCUAACCAUAUGGCUCGACUUAAGGCUAUUCAGACGGAGCUGAAUGAGGUUAAUGAUGUUGAAGGAGUGUCGAGCUCGUGGGAUGAAACUAUGCGCAGUAGUAUUAGUGAAUUACAUCAUUAUCUCGAUGGAUUGAUGUAUUCCACACCAAGCUAUACUGUUGGAGGUUCUGGGCUAUAUGCUAACUCUACUUCUGGGAGUGGGAAAGCAACUGGUGUACGGAAGGGGGAGGAUGAUGCUAUUACCAGCUUUAAGGCUGAUAUUCGGGGAGUGAAGGGUGCGUUGCUGAGUGCUAGAAACUUCCCUGCUAGUCGUGGUGGUAGACGUGGAGGGUUUACUGCUGGUGCUAGGUGA